AUGACCCCAUCUCAGUCUUCCAAUCUCCUCCUCUCGCCCAUGUCCAUGACCCCUCGUAUACGUCUACCUAUACCUAGACUGACCCUGUUCACGGGCGGUAAAGAGUGUUCGCUGUGUGAGAUAGCCAAGCUAGACCUUGAGAAGCUACGGAAGCUAAAAAGUGGAGACGAUUGUAUCAAUACGAUAUCCCCGUCCUUCAUCUUGACGAUAGACGAAUCGCAAAACAUCACAUAG